AUGAGAUUUGUGAACGCUGUCUUGGCCGCCGUGGCCGUCAGCGGUGUCACCGCCAGCACAUGGUUCCCCGGAUCCAAGCCUGUCUACAACAAGUGGCAUGAAACCGAGCUGGAACGCUGGCUCUCUGACCACGAUGUCCCCUAUCCCACACCCGCCGAUCGCAAGGAUCUUGAGUCUUUGAUUGAGAAGAACUGGGAGAGCUAUGUGGUAUCUCCCUACAACAGCUGGGACACCAACCAGUUGAGUUCAUACUUGCAGUCAAAGGGCAAGGAGGCCAAGAACGAAGCCGCCGCUUCCAAAGACAGCCUCUUGUCCCAGGUCAAGGCCAAUUGGUACGAAACCGAGGGCAAUGCUCAUUCUGCCUGGCUCAACGUCAAGGACUGGAUCCUUGACACAUGGACUGAGAGCCAGUUGAAGGCAUUUGCUGAUAAGCACGGAAUUCCUGCUCCUCAGCCCCGCCAACGUGAUACUCUUCUUCAGAAGGCUCGUUCUAACUAUGAGACUAUUGCCAAGAAGGCUAACCAGGCCUCUUCCUACCCCGGUAACUGGCUCUACGAGACAUGGUCAGAGUCUGAUCUCAAGGAGUGGCUUGAUACCCAUGGAUUCCCUGCUCCUCAGCCUAUGACCCGUGACAAGCUUAUCGCCUCCGUGCGACGCAACUCUCGUCUUGCCUACCUCAAGGCUCAGGACCAAUCUGCUAGCGCUACAGCCAGUGCUCGGGGUGCUUAUGCUACUUUGACUGACAUGAUCAUUGAUGCCUGGAGCGAAUCCCAGCUCAAGGAAUUCUGUGACAAGAAUGGCAUCGCUGUUCCUCAGGGCACCAAGUCCAACGAACUCCGCGCAUUGGUUCGCAAGCACCGAGCUGAUAUUCUCGGCGACAACUUGUCUGGCAGUGCUGCAUCCGCUUUCGGUGCUGCCACUUCCAACGCUCAGAACCAGUACGCCAAGGCCACUGAUAGCGCUUCUUUGGCUGCCCGAGAUGCUUUCAACCAAGCCGCAGGAACUUGGUCCGAUAGCCGCCUCAAGUCCUACCUUGAUGCCCGUGGUGUCCCUGUUCCCCAGGGCUCCAAGAAGAGUGAGCUUGAAGCUCUUGUUCGCAAGAACGCUCACGUUGCCGUGAACCUUGGAAACGCAUGGACUUUUGAUGAUUUCAGCUACGAGAACCUCAAGAAGUACUUGCAGCGCAACGGAGAUGCCGCUGCUAAGCAAGUUGCCGAGAAGAAGGAUGCCACCCGGGAUGAACUCUACGAUGCUGCUCAAUCUGCCUAUUCUUCGGCCUCUUCCGCCGGCGGAGAUACUUGGGCUUCUGCUACCAGCUAUCUUACCUCUGCUACCAACUCCGCUAAGCAGUCUGCCUUCGAUCAGUGGACCGAGACUGAGCUCAAGGCUUACCUUGAUAGCUAUGGUGUGCCAGUGCCUCAAGGCUCUAAGCUGGAGGAUCUGAAGGCCGAGGCCCGAAAGCAAACCACUUACUUCAGAUAUGGCACAAGUUCCCCCUCCGGAACAUUCUUCGCUAAGCUCGGAGAGACCGCUCGCGACACCUACAACUGGGUUGCCAGCCAGCUCCAGCUUGGUGGUCAGGCUGCAAAGGAGAAGGUUGCUGAUGCCGAAGCCAAUGCUCAUGCCAAGUUCCGCGAGGAACUGUAA